GUAAACGGUAAACGUAAAAGUAACACUAAAAUAACAAUAAAGGGUAGCUGAUUUUUCUCGUAUGAUGAGUAUGGAACUCAACUUUUGCGAGGCGGCGUUUGCACAAUCAGGGUCCCCAGUGAAACCCUAUUUGUCCCGUAUUAUCUUCACAGCUGCGCUUUUUACCCUUCCUUGCCCCUGACUGCAUUGAACACUAGAUAGAAGAACAAAAAAUCAUGUGCCAGGCCCAGGUCGUCUAGCUCUAUUGCUACUCGUGGCGUAUUUUUCUCCAUCCUCAUCAACAAACCCCCAGAGUCAGACGCAGAGCAAGCGCCAGAACGAAGAAGAGGAAUACUUUCACUCCGUCAAGGCCAAAGCUAAACGUGAAAGGCCUGUAGACAGUGUGGCUUUUUGACAAAAGACGGAAACCGUCUCGACGAGUUCGCGAUGCUGUACAAGAGCACACGUGGCGGCGAGCAGGAUGUGUCUUUUCUGCAAGCGGUACUGCGGGGUCUCUCCGCCGAUGGUGGCCUCUUCGUGCCACAGAUGAAUCUUCCCGCAACUAUCGACAAAGAUUUCGUUUUGGAAAAGUGGGGCCAUCUUUCCUAUGCGCAACUAGCAUUCAAGGUAGCUGGUCCUCCUUAAAUGUUCUUUUUACACACUUCCAGAUCAACAUUUUUUUGUCUAUUGCAUACCUGAAAUGCGUGUCAUUUUAUCAAAGAGAAGCAGGAGGUCGAGGUGUUGACAGUCUGUGAUAGUGCCAUUGACCACUACAAGUAGUUGAAUAUGCCUGUUCAAUUUUUCUAGACGACGUUCACGACGGUUUACAAAAUUCAAUUUAAAAUUGGCAAAUUUGCAGGUCCUCCGGCUCUUCAUCGGCGAGGACGAGUUCGAUGAUGCUACGCUAAAGGAUUUGUGCGAUCGCAGCUAUGGUGGCGUGCGGUGGCGCAGUGGCAGCGAAAUUGUUCAGCGUGAGGCCUUGGAUCACAUCACACUGUUAGAGCUGUUUCAUGGCCCGACUUUCGCUUUCAAGGAUUGUGCUCUGCAAUUUCUUGGCAAUUUGUUCGAGGUUGCGCUCGCGAAGCGAACACACGCGGCCGGUGCAAAGAAAGCGGCAAAAAGUGCCGUCAUCCUAGGUGCUACAAGUGGUGAUACUGGAAGCGCGGCGUUGGCAGGCGUCUCAGGAAAGCAAGGCGUAAGUGGGGUAGUGCUGUAUCCGCAGAAUAGAGUCUCGUACAUCCAAGAGCUGCAGAUGCUGAGCUUCAACACCAUCCAAACGGGGGCGACCGACGACGGUAAAAACGCGGGCGCACCGCCGGUAGCACAAAAUGUGGUUCACGCUUGCAGUGUGCAGGACGCUACUUUCGACGACUGUCAGGCUAUCGUCAAGGCCAUCUUUCAACAGAAAGACUUUGUGGAGCAGAAUAACGUGCUGGCCGUCAAUUCUAUCAACAUCGCUCGCGUACUCUGCCAAAUGGUUUACUACCUGUACUGCUACUUUCGGCACAACGAGAAGAUACUCGAGCAGCGCCGAAAUCUCGGCGCGAACCUGGUAUUAAUUUACGUUUGGGUCUCAAAAUUCAGUAUCAGUUUUGAUUGAAAUGCGUGGUCCCGUGAUCAUGUCAAGACAGUUUGCACGACGACAGCACAAAGAGAAUUAAAUCGUUGCUUCGCGUUGUCCUCAACAAUGAGGACUGCUGCUCGCCUUCUUGUUUAUCUUUUAUACGUAUUUAUCUUUUUGACUUUGGGAAAAACCUACUACACUAAAUUCGACGCACAAUGUAUAAAAAAUAAUUAGGCCCGCACAAAUUUACGGUUGCCAAAGAUGCGGUUUUCAGUACCUACUGGCAACUUUGGGGACAUUCUGGCGGGGUACUACUGCCAGAAGUUUUUUCGUCUGGACGACAUCUUCGAACUUGUUAUUGCGAGCAACGAGAACGACAUCCUGACGCGAUUUUUCGAGACUGGCGCCUACACCCCCGCGAAGAGCGUGAAGGCGACACUGUCACCCUCGAUGGACAUCCAGGUGUCCUCAAAUUUCGAGCGUUUCCUUCUUGACGUGGCUGGAGGUGACUGCGCGAAGGUCGCGGCGUGGUUCGCGGAUCUGAAAAACAAAAAAAGCUUCGAGGUAGUUGUACAACUCAGAGGAGCAGCUACGCAUUGUGUUGAUGUUGUGUGAUUACAUACAAAGCUAUCAUCAAUUUUUGUUUCUUCAUCAAAGAAUCGAUCGUUGACGAGACAGGUCAAGUUGCAUGAUUGAUAUUUUUACAUGUUCAGGUACAGGUUGAAGUUCGUGGUCGUGGUCGAUCACGCACGAGUCAUAAACAUAAUUUUUCUCAAAUUGCUUUCAUGCUCCUGUUUCUUCAGGUUUCUCCGGUCGAGCUUCAGCAGGCACGCAAGUACUUUACCGCGUGGUGUGUGGACGAAACGGAAACGCUAGAGACCAUAGCUGACGUACAUGCGGAUUUUGGCUAUUUGCUCUGUCCACACACCGCGGUCGGAUACAAAGCAAUGCUCAAGGACCUCCAGCACCGGGGGGGCGACAUCCAGCCGGUGGUGCUUGCCACUGCGCACUACGGAAAAUUUGUUGGCACGAUGAGCCCGAAGAUUGUGGCAGGCAGUGACAAAAUCACCGAGCCGGAGAAAUUGAAGGCAGCGCUGAAAACCCAGAUGCCACGCGAACUCGCGGAACUCGAAACGAGGGACAAGGCACUGCUGCAGAAGACCAUCCCUUUGCGCAAGGAUACAAACCUCGUGCAGCAGUACGUAACAGAUGUGGUGAAUAGAGGAAUACUGAUGAACGCUCCGCUUGCAACACGAGCAGGAGCGGAGGACAAAUUCAGUAUGGAUUCCACGUACAACGACCCCACCAAAACGCUACUUGGCAAACUGAAUGCCAUCGCGACUGCCGUGUGCGGGCCCGUUUGCUGCAAGUGACACGGUGUCGUGCCAGAUGAAAUUAUGCGGAGGCUCAAGUUGAGUUUGAAAACAAAACGAGACACGGUAGACACGCUCUGACUGUUGUCCGUGAGAAGCGAAUUCGCCCGCUAGGAUCCCGUCUCGGCGGACUGAGAAAAAAAAAUGGCAUAUCGUUGUGAAGCUUGUUUUACGAAAAUGUUUCUUGACAUCGAUCCGCGCAGAACAAAAGCAACGCAGCUCCUCCUACAAGUAACUUUGGCUCGGCACUGUGUGCGAGGAAAAUACAAACAGAAGAGCUACAUCAU